UGACUUGUGAUUGAAGUGAAGUGAGAUCGUGUUAUUCUCUCUUUCUCUCUCUCACUUUCACUCUCACUCACUCACUCACUCACUCACUCAAUUUUGCUUUCGUGUAUUGUUCCUCGCGUUCUUCUUCUUGUUUCUAUUUUUGUUGUUGUUGUUCUUGUUGUUCUUGGAGUUUUCGUCUUUGGUUAUUGUCACCAUGGCUACUCUGAAGAGCCCCGCCAAAUCUAGAUCACCCUCACCUGCUCUCUCCACCUCACCUGAUCUCCCUCUGACACAGGCUCGACUGCAGAAACCACAGGACUGCUUCUUGUCAGACACCUCAGAGGACGAACCGGAGCUGCAGGGCCUCUCUAACUCGUCUGUAGAAGCCUCGCCCUGCACGUCUCCUGCCCCGCCGAGGAUCAUUAACUACGUGCCCAAGAAGGUGCAGUUUGUCUCAGCCAGUGUCCACGGUGACGAUGGGGGAGGACUGCAGCAGGUGGCCGGGAGCAUGACGGGUCCCGCCAUCGUGGUGUCCGAUCCUGACGACGCUGAGAUCCUCCUCCUGACGCAGUCUGGGAAAAGCGAGGGGGACGAGGGCGGGGUUGGCACUAUGAAGAUGGCCACCACACGCCCCAAGUCACCGCGUCCCAACACUCCCCGCAAGGAUGAGGCCAAUGAGUCCUUCUGGGAUAAGAUUGGCACCUUGGGACGCAAGAAGAAGAUCAAGGAAGUUCAAGAGGUGCAGCAUGAGGGGAAGUAUGCCAUCGACUCCCCAGGCUCCCCGAUGUCCGUUGAUGUCCCUCCCGAUGACUACAACCUAGGGGACAAUGAGGAGAGGUCGAUGAUAGAGCCACGAUCCUAUGACGACCCCAAACUGAAGGAAUUGAUAAUGAUUCUGGUGGACUGGAUUAAUGACACUCUGGCCCCUGAACGUAUCAUUGUCAAGGAUAUCGAGGAGGACUUGUAUGAUGGCAUGGUCUUCCACAAACUGAUAGAAAGCCUGACGAGGAACAAUCUGGAUGUGCAGGAGGUGACACAGAGUGAGACUGGACAGAAGCAGAAGCUGGCUAUUGUCCUCAACGCUGCUAAUCAUAUACUGGGUAUUAAUCGCAUGGAGCCCAAGAAAUGGUCAGUCGAGUCCAUCCACUCCAAGAACAUCGUGGCCAUCCUGCAUCUCCUGGUUGCCCUCGCCAGACAUUUCCGCGCCCCCAUCAAGAUGCCGGAGAACUGCAUCAUCAAGGUGGUCAUUGUGCAGAAGAGGGACGGGCAGCUGCACCAUCGCAUUGUUGACGAGGAGCUGACAGGGACCUACGAUGACCUUGGCUUGAGGUGCGAGAGGGACGCCUUUGACACACUCUUCGACCAUGCCCCCGACAAGCUGCAAGUGGUCAAGAGGUCUCUCAUCACAUUCGUCAACAAGCAACUGAACAAGAUCAACCUGGACGUGAUGGAUCUGGAGAGUGACUUCAGUGACGGAGUGUACCUGUGUCUCCUGAUGGGCCUGCUGGAGGGAUACUUUGUGCCCCUACACCACUUCCACCUCACGCCCAGGACAUUUGAAGAGAAGUUCCACAAUGUGUCUCAGUCGUUUGAGCUGAUGAUGGAUGCCGGCCUGGCCAAACCCAAGGCAAGACCCGAAGAUAUUGUGAACAACGACCUCAAGUCCACACUGAGAGUUCUGUACAAUCUGUUCACCAAAUACAAGAACGUCUCUUAAGUUCCGGACACCAAGAAACACAACUCUGAAUCUGGAGAACCUCAUACUUAAGAACUGCAAAAUGUGUGUCCCCAGUGAAGCUCUAGAUCCCCUGGCUCCUUGCAUUGGCCUCCAGAGGGUCCUUGCCACUUUGAAGAUGCCCCCUUCCUUCAAGUACUCCAGCGCACUCCCUCCUGCCAGCUUCCUUCCAGUGUUCAGGACCUUAUAUUGUGUGCUACUGGUGGGGCAGGCAAGAUGUGGUAUGUUAUAGGUAUAGUUGAGAGUGUAAUGUGAGUUUGAGAUGAAAACUUAGUAACUGAUUAAGAAAUGUGCCAAAGAGUGGUGAAAAGGAUUAAUCUUGUUUGUAAAGGGUUAGUCAUGUUUGUAAAAAAAAGUAGAUUGUAAUGCAAACUUGAGAAAAGUGCCUAUCAUUUUUAAAUGGUAGAGGUAAAGAGAGUAUAAUUCUAACUCUGUUAUAUGAUUUAUAUUCUUUUUUAUCAUAUUGUUAAAAGAUUGUGAUUCAAUUUUUUUUUUUUUUUUUUUUUUUUUUUUUUUUUUUGGUUAUUUAUUUUUCACGAGUGUGUAUUUUGAUUUGUAGCAUAUGCUGGUGGUGAAUAUCAAGAUUGAAGGGGUUCAAAACACACAUUGCACACACAAACAGCUUUUAUUACACACAAUCAUGUUUAAGAAAAAUAUAUUAGUCACAUCAAAAUGCUUAGAAAAAUGUACAGUUUAGCAAUAGAAUAAAAGGCAGUGAUGAGGGAAAAGCUGGAUGCUGCUAAACAGAGGGCAGAUUGAAAACACACAUGAUACACACACAUUUUAUUGCACUCACAUCAGUAAGAAAAUAUAUUAGUCACUUGUAAAAAAUGCUUAGAAAAAUGCAGUUUUGCAAUGGACAAAGGUAACAAGCUAGAUUUGUCACUACCUCUUGUUUGGUAGUGACAUUAUCAGGGAAGCCUUGCAUUUAACUGAAAGUGUAAAGACAAGGCAGUUUUAGAGUCUGUACUUAUGUGACACCUCCAGAUGCCUUGGCUUGUGUUUGGGAAGUGAAGGGUUAAUGAUGCCUUUCCUUCACCUUCCACUAACAAAUAUUGAGUCCGUCACUAGUGCCUCAGAACAUAACACGUUGAAAUUAAUGGUAGAUUUUAUAUUAAUUAAUGUUAUCAAUAAGUACAGAUCAGGUUUUUAAAAUAUGUAUUGGUUUUAUCGCAAGGUUGCCUAACAUAAUCGUUCACUAAUCUGUUAACACUAUUUUUAUAAGACAUUUAUAAGAAUUUUUAUGAUGUGCACAAAUCGUUGGCAAAAUGGUGCUCUUGUCAGUCUUCUGUGACGGCAACAACAAUACCUGAGCCACAGAAGCCACAGUGUGUGGGUGAGGGCGCCAUGGUGCUUCCACUGAGGGAGGCACAUCUUGCAGGGCCGUUGUGCUCUCUACACUAGAAGCUUUAAUGUGUUCACUGAGGGGGUCAAGGUGCCACUCCUUCCCCCUCAUGCUGUAGUCACAAAUGCAAUGUGUCUUCGAAACAUAGUGUAGUGUUUAUUAUAUGCCAGUAUUAACCUAGAAAUCUUAACCCUUUGAUGGCUGCAAUUUGUCACUUUGAAAUGUGUGGUUUUGUGUAAAUCUAGAUCAGACUUUAGUAACACUUGCAACAAAAAGUUUCAUUAGAUAACUAGUGAUGUUUUGUAAAUUGUAGUUUGAUUUUUUAUUAGUUAAAAUUCCUGUGUUUGGGUAAAUUACAUCUGUCACUAGCAAUCAAAGGGUUAACCGUUAGUUUUACGUGGGGCACCUCACUGGCAUGUGUCUGUGAUGUGCUGACGAUGAUGAUGACUCCCAGUGUUCUCGGCAGUUCCUGGAACCUUAGUGCCUUGUCUUGUCUUGGUUGUUAAUGAUGCUUGUAGAGUCUAUCACUUAGGACUAAGCUGUUCACACUUAAUCUUAGGCAAAGGUGGAUGGGUGUUGUAAUGUGGAGGUCACUUCUAAGAUACCUUGUCAUGUUCUUUUCAUUUUUGUUUCCUGUUGUCUCCCAGUUAAAUAAAGUAAGUACAUGUUGAAGUUUAACCAACAGAGAGAAACAUGAAGUAUAGGCCAAGUUAUAUAGAAUUCAGUGUUUAUUUUAUUUACAUGAUCAGUAAAAAAUCAUUCAAGGUUGUAAAGCAGUGGUGGUUGUUAAACAUGACUGACUGACCAGAAGAAAAAUUUAUACAUUGGACAUAAUAACUUAUAAUUAUCAGUUAAUAUAAUUGGACUGCCAUUUAGUUAAGUUUGGGACACUGAGGCAUUAAUACCCUGUCCUGUCUAGCCUUGGUGCUCACAAUAUAAGCCCUGGCAAGUCCUGUGAUCACCAAUAAUAACUAGAAAUUACUGAUGAACUUGAGUAUUUAAAAUGGUCACAUAAACAUAAUUCUUUAUAUUUUCUUUACUUUGUCUGAAUGCACAUAUUAAUUUAUACCUCCCAUAUUUGACUAGUUCUCUAUAUUUAGUUUCAAAGCACAGAUUAAUAUAUAUGCCCUUGUUUUUUAUCAUUUUACUUGUUUUCUAUACUCUGCCUCAAAGUGUCAUUGUGUGUCAAGUAUCAGUGUGUCUCCGCCUCACCUUUGCCAACACAACCUGUAAUAAGUGGAGGUGACGGGCAACUCUCCACCUGUCCUGGGAUGAGUCACCUUAACGGAACAUUGUAACUAAUUUAUGUCACUAGUUUAAGGUAAUCUCGGUUUGCAUUUACAGUCACAGCACAAGUAUGUACAGGUGUGUGUGUGUGUGUGUGUGUGUGUGUGUGUGUGUGUGUGUGUGUGUGUGUGUGUGUGUCUUAAACUUAAUAGCACUUAUAAAAAUAUAUCUGAAUAUGUGUUGGAAGUUGAAUUGUUUCGAUGAACUAUGGCACAAACCAAACCUGUUUUCAUCACACACACACCAGUUUGUUUUUUCUCAUUUAAGCAUCAACACACCCAUGCACUGGCUCUACAAUGUGCCUUUUAAUAUAGUCUUUCUUACAUAUAUUUUCCCAUAUUUAAUGUUCCAUAGCACCUGUAAUACAAUGCAUACAUGUGAUGGUGCUCAGUCCAUACAGUGUACAGCAAUGUUUACCCUAGGUACGACAUACUAAUGAUUACCUAUUUAUCACCCAAUAUACAGAAGCUUUUCCAAAUACAUAAAGCAUAGCAGUUUUAAUAAUUAUUCAUUGUUUAUGCCAGUGUACAAUAGUCUCCAUACUAAGUGCAACAAUCUGGCACAUUUGUUUACGCCAGUGUACAAUUUUCAAGUAACGACAAUCAGAGCCUUACAUUGUCUUGGGUCAUAAUUCUGAAACACCUCUGCACCUCAUCUCCACUAUAUUUAAAACCCUCAGUUAAAGACAAACAGGUUUUCAAGUUUUUUUAUGGUUUUGGUGAGAUAUGAACAAGAUUUCCACUUUGAACAGGAGAAACACUUAAGAGCCCAGCUAAUCAUCUCACCUUGGAAAAGAGUUGUGGUGAGAGAGCAGAGUAUUUCAGAAUGCUGGCCAUGGUGUGUAGCUUCUGCUAUGGGUGAAAUGAGUGUAGGCAGCAGUGGCAUGUUCCAGUGCCUUGUUAAUGUAUAGCAGAACAUAUAAAUGAAGAUAAGUGCCUAUUUGUACCCACAGAACUAAUAAUGUGAUGUCUCAUUAGAUCCAAACACAAGGGAAUGAAAUAAGUGAUAUGUUCUUGAUAAUUUUUUAACUUUUUGUGGUAAGUAUUCCCAUUCUAUAUAAUGAAAUGAUGAGGUAACAGCCUCUAAUUCAUUUAGUUGAAUCUAAUCUUUUCUCUACAAAAGGGAUGUGAUGAAGGAUAUCAGUAAUUAAUUGUCUUCAUCCAACUCAUAAAAAAGAAAAAAUUGAUAAAAUAACAAACUAUCAUUCCAUCUUAUGAAUCAGAUUUCUUCCCCUGAGAAAAAUCAAAACAAUCAGACAUCACACUUGUUCCGUGCUGAUGAGGUGUGUCUUAAUAGUUACAAAUACUUAAGUCUAAUUACUUUCAUUGGUAAAUUUGUACAGGGAAGUGAAAUGUGCCAAACACAUUUACUUAAAAGUCACGAAUGGAUGAGUGCAAGGUUGUCUUCAGUUCACAGUGAGGAUCUGCUUUCCUCAACACUGAGGCAGAGGCAGAAGGAAACUGAAGAGAGUGAGAGAGGGAAAGAGACAAAGAUGUGUUGUAAAUCAAACUAAUGAAAUUUUAACAAACAA